GGGAAAUGUUGGACAUGAAGGGGCUUGUGCACGUUGUAGAGUAAGCAAUUCGCAGCUGCUCACCUCUUUCUUCCCUUUGACCCUGUCCUUUUUUUUUGUUCUCCUGCAAUCGCGAGCUAUCGCCGUAGCGUCGUCCUUGUGAUUUUUUAUAUCUGCACGCACGGGUUCCCCUGGCACUACCAUUCGCAAGUAUCGUGCGCCAAAGAUUAAAAGAAGGGCCACUCCGGUGGUGGCACCACGCAAGCAACAUAAUUCCCUUUCCAUCGUUUCGAGGCUACGUCGUCGCAAGGGCUCCACCAUAGCGCGGCCAUUCGGCCUGCCCACAACGCUUCCUAAUUCCUUCUAUUCUCGGUUCGUCCAGAAUGCCGGAUGUGAAGGCGACUGAAACUGUGGGAAACCCGUCCUCAACGGAGAGCAAGGAUCGCAAGGACCCGACAUCGCCAGGCGCUUUCCGCAAAUUGUGGAAGGGAUACUUUGGCAAAGCAUCAAAAGAAGAUGUCUCGCUAGCUUGGCAAGCCGUUUCACACCUUGCCCAGACGGGAGAAUCGCUUUUUAGGCUGGAAAACGCCAGUUGGCGCAUAUGGAGUCGGAAGACGCCAGCUGAAUCAGCUGAAAUGUCUACCAUUGAGCAAACUGAGCAGACGUCUCCCGUAGUUCCGGUUGCAGAAGAGUCACCUGCUCCUGCCUCAGCUCCUACAACUCCUACAGACCCUGGACGCCGCCCAACCUUAUUGGAAUCAUAUUUGCCACAAAAGAUCGCUGAACUUCCGACCACCGUUUUGGAGCGGUUAAAGAAGGAUUCCGUCACCGGCACUAUAUCGUCGCUUUUAGGGGAGCCGUUAGCUGAUCUCAUUAGCUCGGCGAUUGCACGUGCUGAAGCCACGGGACUACUCGACAUCGGUGAGGCACAAUAUGAUCGCUGGCGACUCCAGUCCUCCCCGACAUCCUUCAUUAAAAAGUGGAAUUGGCUGAGCGGUCGCGGUGGAAAAGGGGAGGGACUUGAUAGGAUAGAUUCUGCUGUAGAUCUAGACGCCGAUGGUUCGAUUGACGAAAUCUUCAAACGGGUGGACACCGACAAGGGAGAUGAUGAGAAUUCCAUCGCCUUUCUUCUACCUCCGCCAGUUCCGCCAAACACACCUUCCGCUUCUCCAGGUGUCGAUGUUCUUGUGGAGCAUUGUCGACAGAAUCCUCAUCAAUUUCGCAAACGUUCCGUGCAAGCAAUUCCGAUCAAGCAACCGUCACUUCUGUCCAAACUGAUCGACGAGUCGUUGAAGGAACAAGACGUUUUUCAGGCAGCUGCCCAAAGACGGCGUUUGAUGCGACUAAUGCGACGUAGGGCUAUUGAAUUUGAAGGCGAGGACAAGCGCGGCAUGGACGUUGAAACUUACAUGAAGCUUGUUGACGCGUGUGACGAUGCUGCUAGCACAGGUGGAAACGACCGUCAUUGGAAGCCAUCUGACGUUGAGCCAUUUGGGGACUCUGAAACUCGGAGGAAAGUGACUGAUACUGCACAGAGCCUCAUUGAUCCCACAUGGCGCAUUCGAGAUACCCGCAGCCGUCGAAUGCCUUGGUUUGAGCGCAGUCGAAGUGCGAUGUACGAUGAUGGGGACUUAGAUAGCUUUCUGGUAUGGUAAAUGUAGGUGUGAUGGCAGAGGUUUUUUGUACAUAGGAGAUGCGUUUGGGAUCUGCAGCGGAUAGAACGAGCCAGGAAGGCGUAUGAUCGAACCGUUGGCAUACAUUGACAGUAUUUCGUAAUGGGGUUUCCUAAUACUGGUGUACAUAGUUUGUGGGAAAAUACUGCCUUGUAGCAUUGCAGCCUAUUUGAAUUAACCACAUUUAUGGUG